AUGUCAACGAACACCAACAACAUCAACACAACCGCGGGUGCCUCGGCCCCUGGCACACACUCCACCGGCGCAAGUCAAACAGGAGGUAACAUCGGCCAAGCUAUCAAGGAAGGCGCCACCAAGAUUCAUGGUCUCGGCGAAGCGAUCCGUGGCAACUUUAACCAGGCUGUCGAUGGCGCGUUCAACGAGCAGGAGGGCGUGACGAAGAAUGCCGGCAUCGCUGCGAAGGGCGUCGAUGAGGUUGAGGACGGCAAAUACCGUGGAUACCCGGAGUCGAAACCGAAGAAUAUCUGA